AGUUGAAUAUUAUAUAAAUGCUUUUGUGCUAAAAUUAGCAAUCAACACUACAUUUAAAAAGCCUCUUUUUAAAAACAGUAUUCCAAGACAUGCUUUAGAGUUCCUUUGAUCUCUGAUAAGGGAUGUGCCAAUACAUCCUGGAAGUGACCACUUGCGCAGUGGCCCUGUUUCUUUAAGGGGCCAUGGUUGUUAAGUUAGAAGAUCAUCAGACCAUGUGAGAUCAAUAAAAGAGUAAAGUCACCGGUUAGUGAUUCCAGGGCGAGGAACCUGAACCUCGUUCAGUAUCUGCGUGCCUUCGUGCUGCUCCCAACCAAAGGGAGAGACCGCUGGAUCCCCAGCAGCUGGCUGUUCCUCAGGAUGAUUUCUGGAAAAAUAAUCAAGCUCGUGGUGUUUGAGCUUCUUGAGUUUGCUGCUUUCUCCACCCCCACUCUUGUCACCAUGGAACAGUUUGCCACUGCCUACCACAGGGCAAAGAAUAUAUCCGAGAGAACACGCUAUUGGCUGAUCAUCUCCUGUUCUAUUGCCUACGUGGCUGUAGUGACUCUGUUGAUUUGGGUUCCCGUAAAAGUUCUCUUCUACAAGAAACAUCAUCUUUACAAAAAAAUUACUGGAUGGAGACCUGUUCUGAUGAUGUGUGUAGUACUCACCACACUUCCCAGCUUCAGCUUUUCCAUAGCAGUGACUGAGGUGCAGAAGAAUAACAAUGGGUCCAUUGAUUUACUACCUGAUUCCCUCCCAGACCUGCCUGUGUCUCUGGUUUUGCUAUCCUUGAUCGUGGUUGAUAUUCUUGAAAAACUCAGGACAUAUCCUCUUAGAGGGCAGGAAAAGAAUACGAGGCAAUUUUUAAUCUAUAAUGAAGAUCACAAGCGCUGUGUGGAAGCAGUCAGCCCCAGUGCAGUCCAAACUGCAUCUUGCAACCUGGAUGCCGAGUCACAGAAAUUCCGAUGGGUGUCCCAGUCCCAGCUCAUGAGCGUUGCUUUUAAAUUAUGCCUGGGGGUGCCGUCCAAAAGCGAUUGGGUUCCUGUCACCCUCUAUCCCUGCAACUCCCAGAGUGAAAUUCAGAAAUGGGAAUGCAAAAAUGACACACUGUUGGGGAUCAAGGGUGAAGAUCUAUAUUUUAACUAUGGCAAUAAACAAGAAAAGAACAUCAUGUUGUACAAGGGAUCUGGUUUAUGGAGCAGGUGGAGGAUAUACGCAACCACAGAUGAUUUAUGCUCCAGAGGUUAUGAAGCCAUGUACACGCUGCUGGGCAAUGCCAAUGGAGCCCCCUGUGCAUUUCCAUUCAAGUUUGAAAACAAGUGGUACGCAGACUGCACAAAUGCUGGCCGGUCGGAUGGAUGGCUCUGGUGUGGGACCACCACAGACUACGACUCCAAUAAGCUGUUUGGAUUUUGUCCUACGAAAUCUGAGGAUAAAUUAUGGACUAAAGACCCACUGACUAGCAUCCUUUACCAGAUCAACUCCAAAUCCGCGCUGACAUGGCAACAGGCGAGGAAGAGCUGCCAACAGCAGGAUGCUGAGCUCUUGAGCAUCACUGAGAUUCACGAGCAGACGUACCUGACAGGAUUGACCAGUUCCUUGACUUCAGGACUCUGGAUUGGACUCAACAGUCUGAGUUUCAACAGUGGUUGGCAGUGGAGUGGCAGCAGUCCGUUCCGGUACUUGAACUGGUUGCCAGGAAGUCCAUCAGCUGAACCUGGAAAAAGCUGUGUGUCCCUCAAUCCUGGAAAAAAUGCUAAAUGGGAAAACCUGGAAUGUGUUCAGAAACUGGGUUAUAUUUGUAAGAAGGGCAACAGUACUUUGAAUUCUUUUAUAAUUCCUUCAGAAACGGAUGUGCCUAGUAGCUGUCCUAGUCAGUGGUGGCUGUAUGCAGGACAAUGUUACAAGAUUCACAGAGAAGUGAAGAAAAUCCAGAGAGACGCCCUGACUGCAUGUCGGAAGGAGGGAGGGGACCUCGCCAGCAUUCACACCAUUGAGGAAUUCGACUUCAUCAUCUCCCAGCUAGGAUACGAGCCCAGUGAUGAGCUGUGGAUCGGCUUAAAUGAUAUCAAGAUUCAAAUGUUCUUUGAAUGGAGCGAUGGGACCCCUGUAACAUUUACCAAGUGGCUGCGCGGAGAACCCAGCCAUGAGAACAACCGGCAGGAAGACUGUGUGGUAAUGAAGGGCAAGGAUGGGUUCUGGGCAGAUAGGGCCUGUGAGGAGCCACUUGGUUACAUCUGCAAGAAGAAAGCCCAAGCCCAAGCUCCGGGAACCGUGGAAAAAGAAGCAGGCUGCCGGAGAGGCUGGAAACGACAUGGCUUCUACUGCUAUUUGAUUGGAAACACACUGUCCACAUUUACAGAAGCAAACCAAACAUGCAACAAUGAGAAGGCUUAUUUAGUAACUAUUGAAGACAGAUAUGAACAAGCAUUCCUGACUAGUUUGGUUGGAUUGAGGCCUGAAAAAUAUUUUUGGACAGGACUUUCGGAUGUACAGAUCAAAGGGACCUUUCAGUGGACCGUGCAGGAGGAGGUCCAGUUCACACACUGGAAUGCGGACAUGCCAGGGCGAAAGGCAGGUUGCGUUGCCAUGAAGACUGGGAUUGCAGGGGGCUUAUGGGAUGUUCUGAAAUGUGACCAAAGGGCAAAAUUUGUGUGCAAGCACUGGGCAGAAGGAGUAACUCGCCCACCAGAGCCCACGACAACUCCUGAGCCCAAAUGUCCAGAGGAUUGGGGUACCACCAGUAAAACAAGCUCGUGUUUCAAGCUGUUUGCAAAAGGAAAACAUGAGAAGAAAACAUGGUUUGAAUCUCGAGAUUUUUGUAGAGCCCUGGGUGGAGAGCUAGCCACUAUCAAGAGUAAAGAGGAACAGCAAACUAUAUGGAGAUUAAUAACGAGCACUGGAAGUUAUCAUGAGCUGUUCUGGUUGGGACUGACAUAUGGAGGUACUUCCGAAGGAUUCGCCUGGACUGAUGGUUCUCCGGUUUCCUAUGAAAACUGGGCUUAUGGCGAACCCAAUAAUUACAAUAAUGUUGAAUACUGUGGUGAGAUGAAAGGUGACCCUAAUAUGUCCUGGAAUGACAUUAACUGCGAGCACCUUAACAAUUGGGUUUGUCAGAUACAAAAAGGGAAAACACCAAAUCCAGAGCCAACCCCAGCACCACAAGAAAAUCCACCAGUCACUGAAGAUGGGUGGGUUAUUUAUAAAGAUUACCAAUAUUAUUUUAGCAAACAGAAGGAAAACAUGGACAAUGCGCGAGCUUUUUGCAAGAGGAAUUUUGGUGACCUUGUUACUGUUAAAAGUGAAAGUGAAAAGAAGUUUCUAUGGAAAUAUGUAAACCGAAAGGGUGCCCCAUCAAUGUCAGCAUAUUUUAUUGGUUUAUUGAUCAGCUUGGAUAAAACGUUUAUUUGGAUGGAUGGAAGCAAAGUGGAUUAUGUGUCUUGGGCCCCAGGUGAACCCAAUUUUGCAAAUGAGGAUGAAAAUUGUGUAACCUUGUAUACAGAUUCAGGCUUGUGGAAUGACAUUAACUGUGGUUAUCCAAACCCCUUCAUUUGCCAGAGGCACAAUAGCAGCAUUAAUGCCACCGCUGUGCCCACCACACCCCCUACCCCAGGGGGCUGUAAGGAAGGUUGGAAGUUUUACAACAACAAGUGUUACAAAAUCUUUGGAUUUGUUGAAGAAGACAAAAAAAACUGGCAAGAGGCACGGAAAGCUUGUAUAGGAUUUAAAGGGAAUCUGGCUUCCGUACUCAAUGAAAAGGAGCAAGCAUUCCUUGUCUCUCACAUGAAGGAAUCCACCUUCAAUGCCUGGAUUGGGCUGAACGAUGUCAAUUCAGAGCAUAAGUUCCUUUGGACGGAUGGACGAGGAGUUGAUUAUACCAACUGGGGGAAAGGUUUCCCUGGUGGAAGGAGAAGCAGCCUUUCUUAUGAAGAUGCCGACUGUGUGGUGAUUGUGGGAGGGAAAAUAAGGGACGCGGGGAAAUGGAUGGAUGACGUCUGUGACAGCAAGAAAGGCUACGUAUGCCAGACACUGCCAGAUCCUUCCUUGCCUAAUUCUCCAACAACAGCUCCAGCAGGUGGCUUUAUUAAAUAUGGUGGAAGCAGCUAUUCACUCAUGAAAAAUAAAUUAACAUGGGAUGAAGCAGAGAAAUAUUGCAAGAGUUAUACUUCCCUUAUUGCUAGCAUUCUGGAUCCCUAUACAAAUGCAUUUUUGUGGUUAAAAAUGCAGCCAUUUAAUGUACCUGUGUGGAUCGGCCUGAAUAGUAACUUGACCAACAACGACUACACUUGGAUCGAUAAAUGGAGGAUGAGGUACAAUAACUGGGCAGUGAAUGAGCCCAGGGUGAAAUCAGCAUGUGUUUAUCUGGAUGUUGAUGGUUUCUGGAAGACAUCAUAUUGCAAUGAAACUUUUUAUUUUCUCUGCAAGAGAUCAGAUGAGAUUCCAGCCACUGAACCGCCACAGCUGCCCGGCAGGUGUCCAGAGUCAGAGGUCAAUGCGUGGAUUCCUUUCCACGGUCACUGCUACUACAUUGAAUCUUCAUUCACAAGGAACUGGGGUCAAGCUACCCUGGAAUGCCUCCGCAUGAAUUCCUACCUGGUUUCCAUUGAAAAUGCUGCUGAAUCCAGUUUUAUUUCAUACCUAGUUGAACCUCUUAGAAGUAAAACCAAUUUUUGGAUAGGAUUGUUCAGAAAUGUUGAAGGAAAGUGGUUCUGGAUAAACAACAGUCCAUUGUCCUUUGUCAACUGGAACUCGGGAGAACCCUCUACUGAGCGAAAUGAUUGUGUAGCUUUGACUGCCUCGACUGGGCUUUGGACUAAUAUUCAUUGUUCUUCCUACAAAGGAUUUAUCUGUAAAAGACCAAAAAUUAUUGAUCCUGAACCGACUCACACAUUAAUCACAACAAAAGCUGACUCCAGGAAGAUGGAGCCUUCCAAAAAAUCUUCCAGCACAGCAGGAGUGCUGGUUGUCGUGGUCCUCCUGAUUGUAAUGAGUGCUGGGCUCGCUGCCUAUUACUUUUAUAGGAAGAGACGGGCACAGCUACCUCCAGAAACCACCUUUGAAAAUACUCUGUACUUUAACAGUCACUCAAGCCCAGGAACUAGUGAUACAAAAGAUCUCAUGGGAAAUAUUGAACAGAAUGAACAUGCAGUUAUCUAGUAUUGUCAUGUGAUUUUGUUAUAUUUGGGUUUCAUAAAAUUGUAAGCAAAGUUUUAGAUUCUGUAAUUCAAUGUGAUUGUUUCUUUUAAAAAUUAGGACCACAUUGUAUUGGUCUGUCCCUUUUCUUUACCUAAUUGAAGAAAUAAUUGCUUAUUUUCUAGCCUGGCAAAAUGUUUUCACAAAAAAGGAAUAGUAAUGUUGAUGACUACUUUUAAAAAUAUCUUAGGUGAAUACACAAGACCACGAUGCCAACAUUUCAGCAUGAUUGAUGGGGAGCUAGUGUUGACAUCAUACCAGUUACAAGAGUUCCAGAAAUAAUUAUCCAAGCUUUGAAAUAUUUUAAGGAACUCUCAAAGAUGAUGCCACUAAUAAACUGUAAUUCAACAAUUAGAAGCCCAUUUUAACAACAAGGACAGAUAGUCAUUUUUUUCUUUUACCAGUCUUGACAUCACUUCAGUUAUUUAGAAUUGUAUUUUAUCCAUAUGCAGAAGAAUAAGGUGGCAGAUAAUCUUAUUUUCCCCUGGCGAGAUUUUAUAGGCCAAAUAUUACAAAUGUGUUUUUUGUCCUGUUAUAUGUAUAUCAGGAAGGCAAAGAUGUGAAAUAGAAAUGUAAAUUUGCAUAACUGGAUGUACUUAGAUAAUGUGAAAUAAACAUUAAAGACACGGUUUAUUUUUAAUAGAUUUGUAUUUUGGUGAUAUUAUUAAGUGUAAAUUUGCUUUAAAAUAAGAUUUACUUUAUAUUUUCCUCUCAAAUAGCAUUAUUAGUAGAAGAAUGUUUUAAAUUGAAUUCUUCGUCUGUUUGAAAAAGGUAUGUUGCUAGAAUACUGUGCAUUAAACAAAUUUUUUUACCAUCAUAAAUUGUACAGUUUCCCCAGCUCUUGACCUGUAACAUCAACUCAACUCAUAAUUCAAAAGUUGAAAGCUCUCUUGUUGGGAAGUAAGACGCUAAAGAUAUCUUUCUCUCCCUCCAUCAAUUCCUUUUUGCUUAAGAAUCUUGCUUGAGAUAAAGCUUUAUGUAUAUUAUGGAGUAUCUUGUAGGCCUCACAUUCCCACACUGGUACCACCCUGCUAACCCAUUCUUUUACUUUCUUCAUGAGUAGCACAUAGGUGGAAGUUCUUCACCCAGGACCACCGGGCAGGUUUUCCUAGCUGGCAUUAAAAGACAAGGAGAUGCAAAAUGUUGUGUUUAUUCGCAUGCGUAUCUUUUAUUGGGGGUGGAAGUGGGUAGCUAAGUUUUUAAGAAUGUCCAUAAUUCAAAAAAAGAUUAAGAAACAGCCUUACAAUAGGCUUUCCAAGACCCCAAUUUAGAUAGGUGGCAGGAAACAGGAAAUGAAAAGUGUACAAUUUUGGGCAAAUUUGUUGGGUACAAACAACUCUCUUCUGCACCUUAAAUAAUAGAAAACAAAUUGCUUUUCAUUUUCUGAAUGUUCCAUUUAAAGAAUUCCCAAUGAAAACAAUGGUUACAUUGUCAAAACAGUGUAUAAUGAAUUGUACCAAGCAAAUAAUUGUGCAUGUGUGUGUGUAUGUGUGUGUGUGUGUGUGAAUGUGUGGAUUGUGUGUGAGAUUCUCUCCUGAAAAUACAUGGUAGAGUUAGAAAUAUGGAAUAAAGGAGAAAUUCACAAAAGAGCAUGGUUUAUAAAUUAUUUAUACAAGUGUUUUCAUUAUAAUUCAGGGCUGUACUUUCACAGAAAAUAUUUUGUACUCCAAAGAACACAUAUCUCAGACUUAAAUAUCUUAUCAUUUCAGGAAACAGUGAGUGUUUGACAAGGUUUCUGAGUAUUGUAUUUCACACUCUCAGAUUAUCUGCUUGAACAUAUAAUCAAAUAGAUAAGUCAUGUGUAUCUACAUACCUAUCCAAUCACAGCUCCAAAAUAUCAAAGAUAGAUGCCAGGAUGAGGUAUUGGGUAGAGAAGAGAAAUUUUUGCAUUGUUUGUUUUAUUCACUUUUUUGGUGUUUGAUUAUUGUAAUUUAUUUGUUGCCUUUUCUUUUUCAGCUGGAUGUUCUCUCUGAGGGUUAAAUGUUUAAGUGCUGUAGCUUUCCUUAUUGGCUUUGCAUUUCAAUUAGGUUUUCAUGAGAAUCCAGUAGCUAGAAGAUAAUAUAAGGGGGUCUUUUUCUUCAGUGGAGCUCAAAUAAUGUGACUAGUCUAACCUGAACUCUCAAAAUAAAGGUGAUGGGCACAGAGA